UCGGCACCAGUGGAAAAAGACGAUCGUGUUGAAGAAAUGGUGACACGAUGCAUUGUAGAGGUCCUUUUGAAUGGUCUAUCAAAACCCAACGCUCCACCAAUCAAUCCCCUAUGCAAGGAGUUUCUGAAGAAAAGCAGCCAACAAAAGCCAGAAGAGAAGAGGGUAGGCCAAGACACAGAACUUAACACAAGGCUCCCAUCAGAAUCCAAAGAACUGGAGAAACCACCCGAAAGGACUGUGAAGGAACAACUGAAUGAAGAAGAAUUUAAAAGACAGGCCAAAGAAGGUGAAAAAUGGCACCCAGAGGAAGGAGAACACGAGGGAAAAGAUGACCAACAAGUUGCCUCCCCAGGGAGCCCUUAUUCUUAUGAUGAAGCCCAGAAAGAGGAGAAAAAGAAUGAGGAUGAGAAAGAAAAUGGAGAACAUGGAAGUUAUACAAGAAAUUACCACAGCAAAGAAGGAAACAGAGAAAAGAAACAUAAUGAGGAGGGGGAAGAUGAACCUCUAGACAAAAAGUCUCUUUCUACAGUUGGAAGGAUGGCUGAGGGCCUAAAGCACUCUGAGGAAAGUGUACACAGCCAAGAAAAAGGAAACCAGGAAAGCGAGGAAGAGGAGGAGGAGGAGGAAGAAGAAGAAGAGAGCAGUGAAAAAUAUCACCGUAAUUUCCAUCGAGAAUUUGAAGAUUCUUAUGAGAAAGAAGCUGAGGCAGAAAAACGAGACCACAAACCAAGACAGAACCACCGGAAAUCGAGGCUGGGCAAUUCUUCUGAAUACAGAAGACAUCAUAAUGGUGAGAAGAGGGAUUCCCCUGAAGAGUCAAGUGAGGAAGAGGAUGACUUCUGGGAUAAAAGGAGCCGCUGGCCCAAACACUAUUACGAGACAGGACAUCAUUAUGGGGAAAAGAGAAACUCUGAGGAGAUGUACGGUUCUGAAGAAAUGGAGGGAAGGGGCAGGAGUAAAGAGAACUAUGACAGAAAGUAUCACAGCAAAGAAGAGGAAGAUACAAGACACCAUGGAAGGGGAAGUGAAGAGAAACAGCACCACUAUGAGAGAAAAAGACUCCAUGGUGAGCCACAAAAGGAAGCAAGGCACCAUUAUGAGGAAAGGAAGCCUCAGGGCAAAGCAAGUGAGGAAUAUAUGGGCAAGCAGCAUAGCUACAGGGCCCCGGAGGUGAGACGGCAUACUGACAGAGAAUGGCAGCACUUACAGAUGGAAGAGGUCCCAAAGUCACCGAGCAUGGACAUGGAGGAGGGAGAGCAGAGGUUCUACAGCCCAGAAGAGGAGACCAGGGAAGAAAAACGGCACUAUCCUAGCGUCCUCGAGGAGGAGCUUGAAAAGAGACGCCAGAGUGAGGGGAAAAAACAUGGCAUUAAUAAAAGGACAUUCCUGGUUGAGGAAGGCUACCCAAGGAGCCACUAUCUUGUACAGAAUGUGAAAAGAGCUGCACCUUCAUACCUCCCUAACUACCAGCAGCUCAGAUGGAAGAACCGACAUGCUCAAAAGAGAGAUGACGUGGCCAACCUGUUUUUAGACAGUGAGGAAGAACCCAGGUCCCAUCUGGAUGAGAGAGAUUUCUUUCCUGACUACAACGACUAUGAGCCAUGGGAGAAGAAGCAACUUAUGGACAGCUUGAAUCACAAGCUCAGCGAGAACAGUCGCCGUGAAAAAACCCACCAACUUGACGUUAAGAGACAGUACAACAGGAUGGAUGAACUCGCCCACCUUCUGAGCUACAGGAAGAAAUCGGCAGAGUUUCCGGAACUAUACAGCUCCAACGAAGACGCGAAGAGGGGACACAUGAUAAGGAGCGAUGAGGGCAAACUUGGUCAGCGGCCUUUGACGCAAGAGGAGGAGAAAGAACUGGAAAGUCUGGCUGCCAUGGACUUGGAGCUACAGAAGAUGGCGGAGAAGUUCAACAAUAACCGGCAGGGAUGAACGUUGCCCGGCGUGACGUGGGUAUGGUAAAGUGUUAGCGUUAUGGAUGGUUAACCUAGUAUAUUUAUUGGUAGAAAUCACUGCCAUCACUGGUGUUCUCCUCCCCUUCCUAACAGAAAUGCUGUUCACUGUGCGCUAAACAUAUAACGAUUUACAC